AUGACGGAAGACGAAGUUGCGGACGAGGCUGUUGCCUCUGCGCCAAAAGAUGAUGUAUAUUUCCUACAGUAUAUUGAGAUGGAAAAUUUUAAGUCCUAUAGAGGACAUGUAAUUGUCGGCCCACUAAAGAAGUUCACCGCUGUAAUUGGACCUAAUGGUUCAGGAAAAUCAAAUUUCAUGGAUGCUAUUAGUUUUGUUAUGGGGGAAAAAACCUCUAGUUUGCGCGUGAAACGUCUUAAUGAUCUAAUACAUGGAUCUUCUAUUGGCAAGCCAGUAUCACGUAGCUGCUAUGUUACGGCGAAAUUUCUUAUCAACGACGAGAUACAAGUGGAUUUUCAACGCGCUGUAAUCGGUGGUUCAUCGGAAUAUCGCAUCAAUGGAGAGAAUGUUUCUAGCAGUGCUUAUUUAAGUAAACUGGAAAAAAUGGGAAUAAAUGUUAAAGCUAAAAACUUUUUAGUUUUCCAAGGAGCAGUAGAGAAUAUAGCAAUGAAAACCCCGAAAGAGCGCACGGCAUUAUUCGAGGAAAUCAGCGGUUCCGGUUUGCUUAAAGAAGAUUAUAAUCGCUUGAAACAAGAAAUGAACUUAGCGGAAGAAGAAACGCAAUUUACCUAUCAAAAGAAGAAAGGUAUGGCUGCCGAACGAAAAGAAGCAAAGCAUGAAAAAAUGGAAGCAGAGCGUUAUGCUCGUCUAAAAAAUGAAUAUAAUGAAAAGCAAGUAGAAUACCAAUUGUUUCGACUUUAUCAUGUUGAAAACGAUAUUAAAAAGCUAAAUCAUGACUUGGAAUCUAAACAACAAGAUGUUAAAGCUGUAGAGGCUCGUAAAGAGCAAGCUGAUGAGGUAUUGCGCGAGAAAAAGAAAGACGCAGGAAAGUUUUCUCGCGAAUUGGCUAAAUACGAGCAGGAAAUUCGUGAAUUCGAAACGCAAAUGAACAAAAAACGCCCACUGUAUAUCAAAGCAAAAGAAAAAGUCGUACAUUGUCAAAAAAAGUUAGCGUCCCUACAGAAAACACUAGAAACAGCUCGAGAAGCGGAUAACGCACAUCAACAAGACAUAAACAAAUUGGAAAAACAAUUGGCGGACGUGGAAAAAUUAAAAAAACGUUACGAAGAUGAUCUCGAGAAUGAGUCUCAGCGUCGCGGUAAAAGCGUCACAAUGGAGGAAGGGUUAGUACAAGAAUAUGAUCGUCUUAAACAACAAGCGGAAGCCACAGCUACCCAGUAUCGUUCACAAUUAGAUUCUGUGAAUCGGGAACAGAAAUCCGAUCAAGACAUGCUAGAUGGCGAAGCUAAUCGAAAAGCUUCCGUAGAGGAAUCACUGAAAAAGUUAACCCUACAACGUGAAGAGGCUGUAAAACGACGCGACAAACUAAUGGAUCAUAUCAAAUCGUCACAGGCGGCACUGGAAGAACAAAAUCGCAUUAAAGAUGAACUGAGGCGGGAUGUCGGUUGUUCCAAAGAGAAGAUUGCCGAAAAGCAACGUGAAUUGGAAAAUGUACGCGAUCAAUUGGGUGAUGCGAAAAGUGACAAGCACGAGGAUGUGCAUCGCAAGAAAAAGCAACAAGUGGUUGAGCUAUUUAAGAAACAAGUGCCGGGUGUGUAUGAUCGUAUGAUAAAUAUGUGCCAACCAACGCAUAAACGUUAUAAUGUCGCAGUAACAAAAGUUUUGGGUAAAUAUAUGGAAGCCAUUAUUGUUGAUACAGAGAAAACCGCUCGACAUUGUAUACAGAUUUUGAAAGAGGAAAUGUUGGAAGUUGAAACGUUUUUACCGUUAGAUUAUCUACAAGUUAAACCACUCAAAGAGCGUUUGCGAAACAUCACCGAACCGCGUAAUGUUAAACUGGUGUUUGAUGUAUUGAAAUUUGAACCGCCGGAAAUAGAACGUGCGGUGCUCUUUGCAACAAAUAACGCUUUGGUCUGCGAAACACCGGAGGAUGCUAUGAAAGUUGCUUACGAAAUUGAUAGAACACGCUAUGAUGCUCUCGCUUUAGAUGGCACUUUCUACCAGAAAUCUGGUAUCCUCUCCGGCGGCAGUCAUGAUUUGGCACGCAAAGCCAAGCGUUGGGAUGAAAAGCAUAUGGCGCAAUUGAAAAUGGAAAAAGAUAAAUUAAACGAGGAGCUCAAGGAGUUGGUGAAAAAAUCACGUAAACAAAGCGAACUCGCGACAGUAGAGUCCCAAAUAAAGGGCUUGGAGAACCGACUUAAAUAUAGUAUGGUAGAUAUGGAAUCAUCGAAAAAAUCUAUACAACAAUUUGAUAAUCAACUUAAGAUGGUUCAAAGUCAAUUGGAUGAAUUCGGUCCCAAAAUAAGUGAAAUUGAACGACGUAUGCUGAAGCGAGAUCAACAUAUUCAGGAAAUAAAAGAGAAUAUGAAUAAUGUUGAGGAUAAAGUUUUCGCGUCCUUUUGCAAACGUUUGGGUGUACAAAAUAUACGUCAAUAUGAGGAGCGUGAGCUUGUUAUGCAACAGGAACGCGCACGUAAACGUGCAGAAUUUGAACAGCAAAUUGAUGCAGUCAAUACACAAUUAGAUUUUGAAAAGCAAAAAGAUACUAAAAGAAAUUUGGAGCGUUGGGAGCGUGCCGUGCAAGAUGAAGAGGACGCACUUGAAGACUUAAAAGCGGCAGAGAAACGUUACCUUAAAGAAAUAGAUGAUGAUAAAGAGAAAAUGGAAAAGUUGAAGCAAGGAAAACAGGCUAAAAAGCAAGCAGCUGACGAUAUGGAGGAAGAUAUUUCCAAAGCUAGGCGCGAUGUAUCAAAUUUAGCUAAGGAAAUACACAAUUUAGGAAGUCAAAUUUCCUCCAUAGAGGCGAAAAUUGAAACGAAAAAGAAUGAGCGUCAUAAUAUUCUAAUGCAGGCGAAGAUGGAUUGUAUAGCUGUACCAUUGCUUAAGGGUUCUCUCGAUGAUGCAGUGCGCCAAGGCGAUUCAGAAACAAAUACAACAUCAACUUCACUCAUCUUGGAGCGUGAAAAUCAAAUUGAGGUCAAUUACAGCAGCUUACCACGUGAAAUUUGUAAACUCAAAGAUGAUUCGUCUUUUAAGAAAAUGAAUGAUCAAUUGCAGAAGGAUUUACAAGCGAAACUCGAUGUACUUGAACGUAUACAAACGCCAAACAUGAAAGCGAUGCAAAAGUUAUCACUUGUCACCGAAAAGAUACAAUCCACCAAUGAAGAAUUCGAAAAUGCUCGACGCAAAGCAAAAAAAGCAAAGUCGUCCUUUGAGAAGGUGAAAAAUGAACGAUCAGAGAAAUUUAUUCAAUGCUGUAAUCACAUAUCCGAUGCAAUUGAUGGCAUAUAUAAAAGCUUAGCACGUAAUGAAGCGGCUCAGGCAUAUCUCGGACCGGAUAAUCCGGAAGAACCGUACUUGGAUGGUAUUAAUUACAAUUGUGUAGCGCCCGGAAAACGUUUCCAGCCGAUGAGUAAUUUGAGUGGUGGUGAGAAAACGAUUGCGGCACUCGCAUUGCUUUUCUCCAUACACAGUUAUCAACCGGCACCGUUCUUUGUGCUCGAUGAAAUCGAUGCGGCGCUCGAUAAUACGAACAUCGGCAAAGUGGCAUCGUAUAUACGCGAUCAUACAAAUAAUCUGCAAACUAUCGUCAUUUCGUUGAAAGAAGAAUUCUAUGGCCACGCUGAUGCCUUAGUGGGCAUAACACCGGCGGAGGGCGAUUGUUUAAUAUCGAAUGUUUAUCUCUUUGAUUUGAGCGUUUUCGAUGACAAGUAACGUCAUGUUUGUUCCAUUAUUUUUCCUUACACACAUACAUAUAUAUUUUGACCUAAGAACCAAACGUAAUUUAGUAAAAGUUGUACAUUUUACUACGACAAAGUGUUAAAAUAAAUAUUAAAUUAAAAUAAAUUUAUUUUCAUCUUAAA